AUGGGUAACCUGUUUGGGUUUGGCUCUAUGGAAGGCGCGCUGGAGUACUACCUGGAGGAGAACCCGCCGAGCGAUGCCAACCAGGAGAAGGCUCGCCGCGAGCUGCGCGACGUGGAGCGGCUGCUGACAAUGGCAGCCACCUCUGACUGCCCACAGAAGAUGGACAUGAUGAUAGACGCCCACCUGCUGCUGGGCAAGGUGCACCACGCCAUGGGCCUGCACGAGGACGCUCUGCUCGACCUGUCGCGCGCCGGCCUCGACACGCUCGCCAAGCGUCAGCUGCCCACCCGCAGUCUGCGCGUGGUCGCCGAGUCGUACGCCGUGAAGGGCCUGUGCCUGGAGAAGGCGCCGCUGGCCAGCAGCAGCAAGUUCAAGGCGGCUGAGCGUGAGGAGGGCGUCAUUGGCUCUUUCGAGCUGGCCAGCGACCUGGCCCUGCUCUACCUGCAGGAGGUCGACAAGAGCUCCAACAUGCAGAGCACGUGGAGCGUGCACACAGCUGGCUCCUCCAGCUCGCCUCUACCGCCGCACCCGGAGAACCGGCUGGGCCUGAUCCUGGAGACGGCGCUGCAGAAGGCUCCCAUCCUCAUCCUCAAGGCCAAUCAGAUGCCCCGGGCCAUUCGGCGGUACAGGAUGAUCCUGGGCGCGGUGGAGACGUCGGCCACGCAGGGCGUCCGACUGGCCAUGGCCCGCCGGCUGGCCGAGAUCCUGCUCAGGGGCGUCAGCGACAAGGCUUACGAGAAGCUGGAGGCGAUCCUUGUCAGCGGUGAGUGA